AUGGCAGCCUCCACCCUGUCCAUCUGCUCCAGCGACCUGAGCUAUGACUGUCCAGAGAGCUGCUGCGAGCCCCCCUGCUGUGCCCCCAGCUGCUGCGCCCCGGCCCCCCGCCUGACCCUCCUCUGUGCCCCAGUGAGCUGCGAGUCCAGCCCCUGCUGCCAGGCAGCCUGCAGCAGCUCCUGCCCAGCCUCGUGCUGCCAGCAGUCUAGCUGCCAGCCCUCCUGCUGCACCUCCUCCCCCUGCCAGCAGGCCUGCUGUGAGCCUGCCUGCUGUGAGCCCGUCUGCUGCAGGCCCAUCUGCUGCACACCUGUCUGCUGUGAGGCCUCCCCCUGCUCAACCUCCUCAUGCUGCCAGCAGUCUAGCUGCCAGCCCGUCUGCUGCACACCUGUCUGCUGCAGGCCCGUGUGCUGUGAGGCCUCCCCUUGCUCAGCCCCUUCAUCCUGCUGCAGACCCUCCUCCUCCGUGUCCCUCCUCUGCCGCCCUGUGUGCCGCCCCGCCUGCUGCGUGCCCAUUUCCUCCUGCCAGUCCAGCUGCUGCCGCCCGGCCUCCUCUGUGUCCCUCCUCUGCCAGCCUGCAUGCUCCCGCCCAGCCUGCUAUGUCCCCAUCUCGGCCCCAGAGCCCUGCUGCUGA